UAUUUGUUACUACUCUUUACGGUUUCCCCCUACGUGGUCUGAACGGUCAGGUGGCCCCGAAUGGUUUCUCCCGAGGUGGAGUUGCAGAGAGAGGAGCGAGAAAAACCGUUCCCUUCAGGAGUCUGCGCAGUUCAUGUCUUACUGUAGUUGGCGCAUGCGCGUCUUCUGAGGCGCUGCAAGAUGGCGGCAGGCCGCUUCGUCCCGAUUCGGUGCUCCGGAGAGUUAGCGGAAGCGAGGGCUGCAGUCGCCCGGGAAUAACAGUAGCUGCUUCGCAGUGGGAAUUCCCUGGCCCUUUUCCGUGAGCAGAACGACAUCAAGAGAGACCUUGAGGCCCCGAGAUCCAAAGGGAGAGGGCAAAGCGGGCCCCUCCCCCAAACCUCCCCACAGAUCGGCCGACUCUCUCUCCCCCCUCCCUUUUUUCCCAGCGCUCAACACGCGAGUUUGUGACACAGGCGCAGAAGGAGUCGGAGGGGGCCCUUUGCUCUCGCGCGUGUGCGGACUUCAGCGCGCGCUUUCCGUCUAUCGAUCUUGAUUGGUCUAAGUGGAUCGCCUCCACUCCUCCCCUUCCCUCUAGAUUGAAGAGGAAGGGGAGGCGGGGCUGGGUGGCGCAUGCGCAGCAACCUUACUGUCGCUGUUGCGUUGCAAAAAAAAUUUCUGGCUGGGUAGUCUGGUGGCUCUCGUGCGAGGGCUGCGAGGGGUUUGAGAAAGUGUUACGGAGGGAAGGGGGUGGGGGUGAGGAGUCGGGUAGUGUUUAGGCGCCCGACACAACUCCCAUCCCCCGUCCCACGGGACUCCCUGGUUCUGGUUGGGAGAGGGGCUAUGAGUGCAAGGUGCCGGUCAGGCCCCUGCUAGAAGCAGGGUCCCUGCGUUCCAAAACGCUUGCCACUCGGGCCAGAGGUUUAGAAGGGCAUUGCUCUAGGCCUUGUACGCCCCUGCCCUCUAAGCGAACCACCUCUGGUCCCGGACUGGUUUAAACACUACAUCCGAUUCCAAACUGAUCAAAGUGCAAGACUAGCUGCUUCCUCGGCCGCCCCCUCUGAGCGCCUCGGGGCCGCCUCCGGCGCCGGCCCUCCCGCCCCCACCGCCAGCCCAGCCGAGCGCGUGCACCCGCUUUCUCUUUCCCUCUCAGCCCCCAGCUUGCACGCACCCGCAGUGAUUGUUUUGCCCGCUCCCGCCGCCGCCGCAGGAGGAGCAGCAGCGCUUGUGCAAGGGGGAAAGAUGGCGGCCGGCGGCGGCGGCGGAGGCGGCGGCAGCAAGGCCUCCUCGUCGGCUGGGGCCCUGGAAUCUUCGCUGGAUCGCAAAUUCCAGUCGGUGACCAACACGAUGGAAUCCAUCCAGGGCCUGUCGUCAUGGUGCAUCGAGAACAAGAAGCACCACAGCACCAUCGUCUACCACUGGAUGAAGUGGCUCCGCAGAUCUGCCUUUCCACACCGACUGAAUCUUUUUUACCUGGCCAAUGAUGUUAUACAGAACUGUAAACGGAAAAAUGCAAUCAUAUUCCGCGAAUCAUUUGCUGAAGUGCUUCCUGAAGCUGCCUCUCUGGUGAAGGAUCCAUCUGUCUCUAAGUCUGUAGAAAGAAUUUUUAAAAUCUGGGAAGAGAGAAAUGUAUACCCUGAAGAAACAAUUGUGGUACUAAAAGAAGCUUUGAGUACCACUUUCAAAACUCAGAAGCAGCUGAAAGAAAAUCUGAACAAACAACCGAAUAAGCUGUGGAAGAAAUCACAAACCUCUACCAACCCUAAAGCUGCUCUCAAGUCUAAAAUAGUCGCCGAAUUUCGAUCUCAGGCUCUCAUUGAUGAACUGCUGCUGUACAAACGUUCUGAGGACCAGAUUGAACUAAAGGAGAAGCAGCUGGCCACUAUGCGAGUAGAUGUGUGCAGUACAGAGACUCUUAAGUGCUUAAAAGAUAAAACUGGUGGGAAAAAGUUUUCCAAAGAAUUUGAAGAGGCAAGCUCCAAGCUGGAAGAAUUUGUGAAUGGCUUAGACAAGCAGGUGAAGAAUGGGCCCUCACUGACAGAGGCACUGGAGAAUGCUGGAAUUUUCUAUGAAGCUCAAUACAAGGAAGUCAAAGUGGUGGCCAAUGCAUAUAAAACCUUUGCUAACAGAGUGAACAAUUUAAAGAAGAAACUGGAUCAACUCAAGUCAACUUUGCCUGAUCCUGAAGAAUCUCCAGUCCCUUCACCAAGCAUGGAUGCUCCCUCACCAACUGGUUCUGAGUCCCCUUUCCAGGGAAUGGGAGGAGAGGAGUCCCAAUCACCAGCUGUGGAGAGUGAGAAAUCGGCCACACCUGAGCCUGCUACAGAUAACCGGGAUGUAGAAGACAUGGAACUUUCAGAUGUGGAAGAUGAUACAUCAAAAAUCAUUGUGGAGGACAGGAAAGAAAAACCUGUUGAGAAGCCAGCUAUAUCCACGUCUGCACCCACUAAACUAACAGAAAGUAUCCCUAAAGCAGCACCGUGUACCACGGCUUCUGUGGCUGUGACAUCAACUCCGCCACCACCAAAACCCAUGAGCACAUCAGUUCUUCCCCCUUCCCCCGCCUUGGCUUUGCCGAAUCUAGCCAAUGUGGAUCUUGCAAAAAUCAGUUCCAUCCUUAGCAGUCUGACAUCUGUCAUGAAGAAUACAGGGGUCAGUCCUGCAUCAAGACCAUCUCCAGGUACUCCUACGAGUCCCACUCACCUCCCAGGCAACCUGAAAGCUCCUGUUCCUGCUACUACAACAUCUCACAAUCCUCUGGCAAACAUCCUCUCCAAGGUGGAAAUCACCCCGGAGAGCAUUCUCUCUGCCCUUUCCAAAACGCAGACACAGGCAGCCCCUGCGCUACAAGGCCUGUCAUCCUUACUUCAGAGUGUUACUGGGAACCCAGUUGCUUCAAGUGAAGCUGCAUCCCAGAGCACUUCAUCUUCCCCAGCCAACACCAGCAUCUCCAGCAUGAAAGGGAGGAGUCUGCCCUCUAAUACACAGUCCUUUAUGCCCAAAAGCUUUGGCUACUCUCCUAACUCUUCAACUUCUGAAGUUUCUUCCACUUCAGUUAGCAAGGUCCCCAUAGGACACAAUCCAGGGCUCCCAACCUCGAGUUUUAAGCCACCAUCCAACUCGCUGGGAUUCUCUGCUUCCCACAGUGCAAAUCCUGCUCUUCCAUCCACUGAGCCUGCUCUGGGGCAGUCCUCCGAGAUCUCCAAGCCAAAGCUAGAAUCAGAGCCCACCUCCCCGAGCUUAGAGAUGAAGAUCCACAACUUUUUGAAAGGUAACCCUGGCUUCAGUGGGUUGAAUCUAAACAUCCCAAUCCUCAGCAGCUUGGGGGCAAACAUCCCAGCUGAGAGCCAUCCAUCAGACUUUCAGCGAGGUCCCACAAGCACUUCCAUGGACAAUAUCGAUGGGACUCCUGUCCGGGAUGAACGGAGUGGAACUCCUACCCAGGAUGAAAUGAUGGACAAACCGACAUCCAGUAAUGUCGAUACUAUGUCCUUGCUGUCCAAAAUCAUUAGUCCUGGCUCUUCGACACCCAGCAGUACGCGAUCACCACCCCCUGGGAGGGAGGAUAGCUAUUCUCAGGAGCUAUCUAAUUCUGUAUCUUCCUAUCGGCCUUUUGGCCUGGGCAGUGAAUCCCCUUACAAGCAAGCAUCUGAUGGAAUGGAGAGACCCUCCUCACUCAUGGACUCACCACAGGAAAAGUUCUAUCCAGAUACCUCUUUCCAGGAGGAUGAGGAUUACAGAGAUUUUGAAUACUCAGGUCCCCCUCCAUCAGCUAUGAUGAAUCUAGAGAAGAAACCAGCUAAGUCGAUCCUAAAAGCAAGCAAGCUUUCUGAUAGCGACUACCAGCCCAUCAUGUCCAGCUACAGCCACAGGACCCAGGAGUUUGGCGUGAAGUCUGCCUUCCCUCCAGCAAUGAGGGCUCUCCUGGACCCAAGUGAGAGUUGUGACCACCUGGCCGCCUCUCCAGGCCUGUACAGCACCUAUAACCUGAGAGGCAGCGAGUCCAGCUCCGAGCGGUCACCCUCGCCGAGUAAAAACGACACCUUUUUCUCUCCCGACUCCAACCACACGAGCCUCUCUCAGACUGCCACCACACACCUCGGCCUGCCCCAGAAGCAGUACCCGGACUCCCCUCACUCCAUCCCCCACCGCUCCCUGUUCUCCCCACAGAGCACCCUGGCCACUCCCACAGGCCGCCCAGCCGCUUCGGGCGUGGACAAAGUCCUGGCCUCCACCAUUUCCACCACUUCAACAAUUGAGUUUAAAAAUAUGCUCAAAAAUGCCUCCCGCAAACCCUCUGAGGAUAAGCAUUUUGGCCAGGCCCCUGGCAAGGGGAACACGAGUGACGGGGUCGGGCUCACUGGCCUCGUUCAGCCCAGUCUGAGCUCCAGCGAUCAGCAGCAGCCGCAGCCAGAGGAGCACUACCGCAUAGAAACCCGGGUCUCCUCUUCCUGCUUAGACUUACCCGAUAGUACUGAGGAGAAGGGGGCCCCCAUAGAGACCUUGGGUUACCAUAACGCCUCCAACAGGAGGAUGUCAGGGGAGCCAAUCCAGACAGUAGAGUCCAUCCGGGUGCUGGGGAAAGGGAAUAGAGGACAUGGGCGUGAGCCUUCCAGGGUGGGUUGGUUUGAGCUGAGCCCCUCCGGCAGCUCCUUUGACAAUGGCCCCUCGAGUGCCUCUGAGCUGGCCCCCCUCGGGGGUGGGAGUGGAGGGGGGCUCUCUGGCUUCAAAGCAGCGGCCUACAAGGAGCGGGCACCCUCAUUUCAGGAAAGCGUCAGCUUUCGCUCCAGCAACUUCAACUCUACUUUUGAACACCAUCUUCCCCCGCCUCCCUUGGAGCAUGGGGCACCCUUCCAGAGAGAGCCCAUGGGGCCAUCAUCUGCCCCCCCUGUUCCUUCUAAGGAGCAUGGUGGGCUCUUCUCUCGGGAUACUCCCAGCCACUUGACCUCUGUGGAUCUUUCGAACCCCUUCACCAAGGAAGCAGCCCUAGCCCAUGGUGCCCCACCCCCUCCUCCUGGGGAUCAUAGUGGGGUUCCUUUCUCUACUCCGCCUCCUCCCCCACCCCCGGGGGAGCACAGUGGCAGUGGUGGCGGUGGUGGUCCUUUCUCUAACCCUCCCCCUCCUCCUCCCCCUGUCGACCACUCGGGGGUGGUCUCCUUCCAAGCCCCACCCCUGGCAGAGCACAGUGGAGUGCCGGGGCCUGUCGCAGUGUUCUCCAAGGAGCAUAGCUCUCUCCUCCAAGGCAAUCUAGCUGAGCAUUUUGGUGUGCUCCCAGGACCCCGGGACCCCACACAGAGGGACCUCAACGGCCCUGGCCUCAACCGUGUGCGUGAGGGCCUAAACCUGCCCACACAUUCUCGGGAGCACCUAGGCCCAAGCCACGGAGGAGGUGGGGGGGGCGGCAGCAGCAGUGGCCCUGCAUUGGGUCCCCCACACAGAGACACCAUCAGCCGGAGUGGAAUGGUCUUACGGAACCCCCGGCCGGACUUUCGGCCUCGGGAAUCUUUUCUCAACAGAGACCCGUUUCACAGCUUAAAGAGGCCCAGGCCACCUUUUGCUAGGGGCCCUCCGUUCUUUGCACCAAAACGCCCAUUCUUCCCUCCCAGGUACUGAUGGAGACCAAGGGAAAGCAUUUUGAACACUCUAGAGAGCAUUGGAAGUAGGUUUUUUUGGUUUGUGCUUUUUUGUUUUUGUUGGGUUUUUUUUUUUGUUUGUUUUGUUUUGUUUUUCCUUCUGUCUCAUCCCCCCCCUUUUUUUUAUUGUGAUAAAGGCCCCCUCCCCCCAUGUCACCUUCCUAAAUUAAAAGAAAUCUCUGCUUGCACUUCCCAACUCUACUAGACUUUCUAUCUUCUCUUACCAGCCUCCCACCCUCAUUUAUUUUUGUAGGGAUUAUAUGUAUAUGUAUAUAUAUGUGUGGGUGGCUGUGUAUGCAUAUACACAUACACACCCCACACACACACAUACACACACACACACACACACACACACACAGCCAUUCACUUUGGUUGUAGGUCAUGGGGCAGCAGAAGAAAAAGCAAACAAAAUCUGUUCAAACCCCAUUUUCUGAAGAGUAUUGCCAUUUAAAUAAAACUUCCAAUAGUACAGAUAAUGAUAUGUGCGAUGUUGGGGUGUUAUUUGGGGCUUGACUUAUCAUGUGGUCAACUGAUGGAUUCCAUCCUUCCCUUUUUCCCCUCACCUCAUAAACAGCACUGCUAUCUAUAAUCAGCUUAGUUGUCUCCACUAUGGCCGUCUGUGUCCUGCUGAUGAUAGUUGAAGGGAACAACUUGGGAAGAAAUAGGAAGUUUUGGUUAUGGUAGUUUUUUUGUUUUUGUUUUAAGACACAUUUAAGUUUCUGAGCACAUAUGUAUCAUUGCUCAUCUCUUCUCUCCUAAAGUCAAAUUUUAAAAUUCAGACAUCCUUCCCAAAUAGUUUUACAAGUAAUCUUUGGGACAGAAUGAACAUCCUUCUCCCCCUCUCCCCCAAUCUUAAAAUUCUCAUUUAUGGAAAUGCUAGAGAAAGGUAUUUUCUAGCUAGGUAAAAAUAGAGGUUGAUGAUAGAUAAUCUAUAUAAAGUGUGAAGUAAAGCAGUUGGUGUGACAUAUUUCUGUUCUUCAUAAACACGUUUAGGGAUGGGACCAGGAUCAUAAGUGACUGCUAUUCACAAGUUUGCACUUAGGUCUUUGCCUCUGCUUCCAUAUCUUUUUCUUUACCGUUUCCCUUUGUUUCUACUCUUGGUUUGUCCAAAAAGAAAAUCACACAACUGAGAUCUAGUCAUAUGGAAACAAAUGCUUCUCAAAUUGGGGAGGGUUUGUCCUUUGUCUCCAGGCCACUGCCCCAGACAUUUCUGUACUCAGAAUUUGGACUUCUUGAGUUACUGUUUCUGGUAUCUAGAAAACAAUUUUUUCUCUGGGAUGUCAGCAGUCUAUCACAAUGAUUGACUAGGAGAGGGGGGAAAUGUUUUGUUUCCCCUUUGCAUCCCACAAGUUUCUAAAUAAAAAUCUAGCAUUUUUUAAUUGCUAUAUAUACUUGGGAUGUAUAAUUUCUUACUCCAUAAGAGAAAUGUGGAUAGAAGAGGACCUGAUGGAUCUUAAUUUCUAGGAUUCAUGUACAGCAAUCCUCAAUCUCCAGGCAGGAAGAAAAGGUCUAUCCCUGCCCUCAAAGGGACCUAAUUGCUGUAAAAGCUUGAGGAAAACAAGGGUGAAAUUGUCAUUUGUCUCCACUCUCAGUUGAGCCCUUGCGUUGCUACUGUUUCCUUUGUCUUUGUGAUUUUGUGUUUUUUCCUGCCCUCCUUUUUUCCCUUCCCUCCCUCCCAACAUAUACACCCGAUAUGGAAAUGGCCUUGUGAGAAUUUCCAACUGGGUAAUUGAAAUAGUAUCUGCUGAGGUCGUCAAUAGCUCCAUCAGGUUUCUUGUACUUUCUUCCCAGGCCAGGAAAGAGGAAUGGGAUCAGAAAACUGAGACUUGCUGAAUGGAGGGCAGUUGGAUUGAGGGGGUGGGGGGAGGGGGAGAUUGAUGUUUGGCAGGGGGUGGUGAACAGUGGAGAGAUAAUAGAAGGUAUGGUUCUCUGUCUUGUUAGAGCAAGCUUACUUUGGUAUUAAAGAAAGGAAACCAUGUUUAAGCCUUUCAGAGUGUUUGAUGUAACUUAUUCCACAUUAUUUAUUUGAGCUUAGAGGUUCAUGUCUUGUGUAGUUAGGGUGCUAAAAAAAAAAAAAAUCCAUCUGCCUAAUGUGUGUCUUUAGCCCAACUCUUCUCCCUUUUACUGAUUCUCCAAGGUUCCCUGCAGCUCCCUACAUUCAUGCACAGUCUUGUGGGAAUGGCUGGGUUAGUAAGCAAAGAAGCAGUUCAGUAACAUUGAGCCCUAAAAUGUUGGGGGAGUUAAUAUGAUUACUGAAUACUGAAAUAGACUUCCUUUGGGGGAAGGGAGGAAGAGAGAAGGGAUGUGUUUCCCUUUGGAAUAUAAGAAUGUGAAUUAUUUCUGCUGCUCUUUGCUUAAACUAUAUGUGGUGUUUACUUGAAAAAGCUCUCUCACCAUUUGAUUUCAUCAGAAGAUGGCCUGAAAGGUGCCCAAAAAGUAGACUCCUGAAUGUUUGAGGGUUUAUGGGUUUGUUUGUUUGGGGGGGAGGGGGGAGGUUUUCAUUAAAGCAUGAUGGUUAAUGCCUAAAAGGAAAACUUUGUUGUACAGUUUAAAAGACAGAAUUUUGGAGGCUUUUUUUAAAGCCAGAAAAUAUUACAUAUUUGUGUUUGAGGAUGGAGGUGAGAGUUAGUAACUUAACUCUCAGCUGUUAACUUCAAAGAAAACUAUCUACAACGGUAAUAGAAGAUACCCGUGUAUAUAUAUAUGUAUGUUAAGACAAGAAAAGAGGGGGGGGAAAAACCAUUUCUGGUAUACAUAACAUGAACUGAGAGAUUUUAGUCUUUCUGUGUCUGUGAUUUAAACCUCUUUGACCAUGCUCUGACUUUUGUAUUUUACCUUGAGUUUAAAAAAUUAACAAUAAACAAAAUAUUUUUACACAACAUCGUGUGUCUUGACACAGACAUGAUUAUCAUAAAAGGAAAGAAAAGUCAUUGCUGAAAUCCUUACUGCUCACUGUGAAAUCACAGACAGAGAACUGGGGGACAGGGAAGGGGAAGGGAAGGGAAGGGAGUGAGAUUACACUGGCACCGCUUUAAGCUUUGUGAAUAGAAUCAGAUGAAGAGAUCCUAAACAUUGGCAAAAGUUUGGUGUUUUUGUCACUACAAAAUCUGCUUAUCUGGGGCCCAUUUCUCUGAGUCCUAAUCUUCUGCCUCUUAGACUGCCCUCCAAGUGAGGACUGCAGUAUGGAGGUGAAUGUAUGGGGAGGCAAAAAGGCAUCUAGAUAAUGUGAAUACGCUUUGCUUUCUAAUUCUAAAAGACUUGGUCCUAUUAUGAAGUUGCUGGUUUAUGCAGAAUUAAGCUGCAGCUGUUAUUGUUUUGAAACCGCUGUAAAUGACUGCUUUACUUUUUUUUCUUUCUCUUUUUUUGGAGGGUGGGGUGGGUAGGGGUGGGAAGGGGGAGUGCCUGUUAAGCUUAAAAAUAGAUAUGUUGGAUUGAUAGUCUCACGUGUUCGGUGUGGAAAACUAAAGUACCUGCAUUUAAAGGUAACAACAAUGAAACUGCAGAUCCUUUGAAAUGUAUAUUGAUAACAUUUAAUAAAAUAACUAGUUCUAAA